AUGACUAAAUUUGCAGUGGUCUACGCAGCCGCGGCAGCAGCUCGCAUUCCCCCGUGCAAAACAGCGGCAGCAGCCCAGCAGCUGCACGAAGAGGCCUCCAGACUUGCGCAUCGCUCUCCUGCCGAAUUACUCGUAUUCUUGCAACGGAUAGUACAGCUGCGCCUCUCUUCCGUUGAUCUGCUGCUGCAGCUGCUGCCACAGCUGCAGCGAGCUUCUGCAGUGCUAAGCCCAGAGCAGCUUGCAGGAUCUGCUGCAUUGCUGGCAGCUCUCUGUGUCACCAGACGCAAGGCUUUGCAGCAGCAUCUUCUGCAAGAAGCAUUGCAGCCGCAGCAGCUCUCUCCGUUGCAGUCUUCGCUUUCCUCAGCUAGCCAUCCCCCCGGGAGACAGCGGAGGCUGCAACUGGAGCUGCUGCAGCAGCAGCAGCUCCAGUUGCAGCGCGUUGAAUCGCAGCUUGUACACCUCGUGCGGCGGACUGCACAGCUGCUCUGUGAGCGACAGCCGAACACCAACAGCAACAACAAAAACACCAGCAUCAACAACAGCAGCAGCAACACCAACGGGGAUAGGUGUUUAACAACUCUUAAGAAACUGUUGCCUCCAGCAUGGAUGGCUCGCGCAGCAGCUGUCUCUGUUGUUUCUAAGGCUUCGCCUCCUGCUGCGCAUGCAUGCGCCGUCGUGCAGGUGGAUAAAUGGGGCUUUUUGAAGCAAAUUUGCUGCAGCAUUGCAGCCUUGCCCCCGACAGUUCGCGCCGCUCUUGCAGAAGGCGGCUGCUGCUGCACAGAGGGGGACCUCUGGCUGCAGAUACUUGCCGCUACAACGAAGCCUGCUGCAGCAACAGCAGCAACAGCAGCAACAGCAGCAACAGCAGCGACGCUUCCACCGAACAGGAUGGCUGCAAUCUCACGCGAGAAACACUCCGCUGCAGCAGAAAGCCAGGUAAACAGUAAAAGCAGCAGUAGCAGCAACUGCAACAGUAGCAGCAGCAGUAAUGGCGGUAUGAGCAACUGCAGCAGUAACAACAGCAACAGUAACUGCAGCAGUGAUAGCAGCAACAGUAACAGCAGCAGCAGUAACAGCAGCAGCAACAGUAACAGCAGCAGCAACAGUAACAGCAGCAGCGUGGAAGGCUCAAGUGUUGGCACCAAAGGCCGUAAACGGCGUGCGCUGGUGUGCCUUACGACAGAAACGGAAGCAACAACGCAUCCAAAUAAAACAGCAGCAGUAAUAGACGUCCAUCCCCAUCGUUUUUCCUGCGCUGCAUCUCAAGGGUUUGCGGAAGCUUUGUUUCAAACCGAGCUUCUCCUGCUGCGUUCUCUCCUGAAGACUUCCGGAGCAGCAUGUGCAACAGCGGAGAUCUCCACGCAGCAUCAACAGCAGCAGCAGCAGCAGCAGCAGCAGCAGCAACAGCAGCAACAACAACAACAACAGCAGCAGCAGCAGCAGCAGCAGCAGCGUAAACUUUCUACGCGCGCUCUCUCGCAGCUGCUUUUAGCGGGGGCAGAAAUGCUGCAGACAGCAGCAGCAGUACCAACUGAGCUUGCAGGCAAUGAGGCAGCGGCAAGGGGAGGCUGUAGAGGGGAUGUUGCUGCGUUUACUGCUGCUGCAGUAGGCGCAGCUAUGACAGAGUGCUGGCGCUGCUCGCCACGAGAUGCACUUCGAAUGCUGCGCAGUGUCGAGUUGCUGUUGCUGCUGAGCAGGCUUCCCAAGCAGCAGCAGCAGCAACAGCAGCAACAACGACAGCAGGGGGAUCGUCUGUUAAAAAGUCGCAGUCGCAACAACAAGCAGCUUCCCCCAGCGGAUAGCGAAGAGGGCAUUACCCGUAGCAGCAGCAGCAGCAACAGCAACACGACCACUCUUCGCGAAGAGCUGCUGGAACCUCAGCUCUUGAUGCUUCUCGGAAAUCUGCUGAUGCGCUCUCUUCUGGCAACGGCAGAUCGGCUGCAGCAACGGCAGCGGCUUCGGCGCAGCAAGGAGAGCGGCAGUGCAGUACAGCAGUUGCGGUAUGCAGAGGACGGUGCAAGCGAAGAGACAGCGUUCGCUGUAGAGACUGCGUCUGUCGUGAUGCCUCUGACUUUCGAAGAAGCCCAAGAGCUCGUUGGCAUCGCAGUACGUCGCUCGCGAAGCCAUGAGGCAGCCGCGCCAGCUAGCCAGCACUCCCCUCAGCGAGCAGCUGCUGCUUCUGCUUCUGCAGAGCUUGCCGUAUUGGGAAACACGCUUUCUCGCCUCGAUGCAGCAACAGCAGCAGCAACAACUUCUGAGUUUUGCAGUCGUAGCCGCAACGCGAGGAGCAGGAAGCACAGAGUUCUACGUCCUCUCCAGCACGUGCCGGAUUGCGCUAAGGCUCGAGACAGCAUGAACCCCACCUUUUCUCCACAGCAAGAAGCGGCCUCCUGCCUUUCUACAGAGGGAUCAGCGGCUGGGAGAUCGCUGCCAAGCGGCUCUCACGAGGAAUCGACGCGCGUGUUGAGGCUGCUCUCCGAGGCGCUGAAGGACGGGCCGGGUGGAAGUCGCUACGUUGCUUGGGUGGAAGCUGCGGAGCAGAAUGCGACGCCUGCGAGCACCAGCGUUUGGCUGGAAGACAGCGACGAGUUGACUUUUACAGCGACAGAGAGUGCAACCAGCAAAUCUCCGAGGUGA